AUGAACAGUUUUGACCCCCAAAGACAAGACUUGUUGAAACAGAGAUGGCAAGAUAGAAGACAGAUCACGGGUGCACCUUCAACUUCCUCUUCUUUGGCUUUCUAUGUUGGUAACACGACCACCACCGCCAACAACAACAAUUCUAGAAACAAAUUCCAAGGCUUCCCUGGGCUUGAGGACGAUGAUCUUGUCUCCACCGUGGUUCCUGCUGUGACAGUUGUGCUAGAGGGUCGUUCCAUCUGCCAACGCAUCAGCCUCCAUAACCAUGGUAGCUACCAAAGCCUGGCCAAAGCCCUACGCCAAAUGUUUGCGGAAGACGCUGCAGACAGUGAUGAUCUUGACCUUUCCAAUGCCAUUCCUGGCCACCUUAUUGCCUAUGAAGAUAUGGAGAACGAUCUUCUUCUAGCUGGUGACCUUAGCUGGAAGGAUUUUGUACGUGUCGCAAAGAGAAUUCGGAUAGUUCCAGCCAAGGGCAACUCAAGAAAAGGUACAACAAGAGCAGCAUAA